AUGUCCGUAAGGACCCCGUCCAGCCCUCGUGCUUCCGUAAGCUCUCGCAUGUCUGCCAACCCUUGCUGUACACCUAAGACAAGCGCAUGGGAAGCUACCGCAAAGCCGCGGCCCGGCUCUAGCGAAGGACCUUCGACUGCCAAGGGUGCUCCCUGCGCCGAUACUUGUUGCGAUGAGAAAAUUUCGGAAGAAAACCCUGCCUCAUCAUGCACCGACGCCUGUUGCGAUGACAAAGUGCCUUCCACAGUAUGCGCCUGCGCCUGCUGCAGUCAGAAGAAGGGAGUAACGCAGAAGACAAGGGGAAUUGAAGUCGACGCGGCGCGUGCUGUCAAUCUUGAGAUGGGCCUUUCCGGGAAAGAGCAUGUGAUCCUCAGCAUUUCGGGCAUGACUUGCACCGGGUGCGAAACCAAAUUAUCCCGCACACUAGCAACACUUCCCGCAAUCACGAAACUAAAGACUAGCCUGAUUCUUUCGCGAGCGGAAUUUGACCUCGAUGUCGGCACUACCUCUGCCGUUGAGGUCAUGAAACACCUUGAGAGGACGACCGAGUUCAAGUGCGAGCGCAUCACGAAUCAAGGCUCCAGCCUCGAUCUUAUUUGCCACGGCGAUCCAACCGAUGCUGUCAAGAGCGACUGGCCAGAUGGCGUUACCGAAGUGAAGAUGGUGGACCAAAAGACUAUCCGGGUCGACUUCGACGCAAAGAUUGUGGGUGCGCGAGAUCUUGUUGAACACGGCUGGCCUGCACCUAUGUCGCUCGCUCCUCCCCGCGCUGAUCCAACCCUAGAGGCUGGCGCAAGACAUGUUCGACAUGUCGGCUAUAUGACUCUUUUGUCCAUUGUGCUGACUAUCCCCGUGUUGGUUCUUUCAUGGGCUCCACUUCCGGAUAAAAAAAGGAAAGAGAUCACGUUUGGCUCCAUAUCUCUUGCUUUUGCCACCAUCAUCCAAUUUGUGGUUGCCGGGCCUUUCUACCCAAAAGCCCUCAAGGCCUUGGUUUUUUCGAGAGUAAUCGAGAUGGAUUUACUUAUAGUUUUGAGCACGAGCGCGGCCUACAUAUUCUCCAUCGUGGCAUUCGGCUAUCUUGUUGCUCACAAACCACUGUCAACCGGCGAGUUUUUUGAAACCAGCACGUUGCUCGUCACCCUCAUCAUGGUCGGCCGGUAUGUUGCUGGAUUAGCACGCCAGAAAGCUAUUGAAUCAAUCUCGAUCCGCUCGCUGCAGAGCUCGACGGCUACCAUUGUGGACCAGGGUGUGGAAAAGGAGAUUGACGCGAGGCUGCUCCAGUAUGGCGAUGUCUUCCGAGUUUCUCCUGAUUCGAAAAUACCAACUGAUGGAACCGUCAUUUCAGGGUCGUCCGAGAUCGAUGAAUCCAUGCUCACUGGUGAAUCCCGGCCUAUUGAGAAGUUUGAGGGCUCUCCCGUCAUUGCAGGAUCGAUUAAUGGAUCUGGCGUUCUAACUGUUCGACUCACCCGGAUUCCUGGUGACAAUACCAUUAGUACGAUUGCUGGAAUGGUAGACGAAGCAAAGUUGUCCAAGCCUAAAUUUCAGGAGAUUGCCGACCGGGUAGCAACUUACUUUGUACCUGUGGUCAUCUCUAUCACCAUCGUUGUCCUCUGUAUCUGGGUUGCUAUUGGCAUCGCCGUUCAGAGCAAGUCUGGAUCCGAGGCCACCAUUCAGGCUAUUACAUAUGCCAUUACCGUACUGAUUGUGUCUUGCCCCUGCGCCAUUGGUCUUGCUGUCCCAAUGGUAAUUGUCGUCGCAACCGGAGUCGCCGCAGAGAGAGGCGUUAUCUUUAAAUCUGCCGAUGCCAUCGAGGUCGCAUACAAGACUACCCAUGUUGUUUUUGACAAGACUGGGACUUUGACUCAAGGCAAGCUCACCAUCGCUCGAGAGGAGUACCCCAGCGCUUCUCCCAACACGAAGGCUCUGCUCUUGGGCCUUAUUGGAGGCAGUAAGCAUCCGGUGUCCAUUGCCGUGGCAACUCACCUUAAAAUGGAUGGUGUCAUAGCCACCACAGUGUCCGACCCUAAGAGUGUAGUUGGCAGAGGUGUUGAGGGCACUUUCGCAGGUCGCACUCUCUGUGCAGGUAAUUCCAGAUGGCUCAACCUCUCGAACGACCCUCUUGUUCAGUCUGUUCUUUCCCAGGGCUAUACAGCCUUUUGCUUCACAGUGGACGGUUCCCUUGCUGCCGUGUUUGGCCUUGAGGAUUCUCUACGAGAGGACACUCUUUCUACCAUCACCAAGCUGCAGCAAAACGGCAUCUCUGUUCACGUCCUCUCUGGUGACGAUGACGGUGCCGUUCGAGCGGUCGCAUCUCAACUCAAUAUCCCUGAUUCCAACAUUCGAUCUCGCUGUGCUCCGGCAGACAAGCAAACUUAUAUCAAGAACCUCCUCGCUACCUCUGACCCCCGCAGUUCGGGAAAGAAAGCUAAUGAGCCCGUCGUUAUGUUCUGCGGCGAUGGGACUAAUGACGCUAUUGCUCUUGCGCAGGCCACCAUCGGCGUGCACAUGAACGAAGGCACCGACGUUGCCCAAUCUGCCGCAGAUGUAGUCCUCAUGCGUCCAAGCUUGUCCGGCAUUCUCAUCGCCAUCACCGUUAGUCGGAAAUCGAUUCACCGGAUCGCUUUCAACUUUGGUUGGAGCUUUGUGUACAACGUGUUUGCUAUCCUACUCGCUGCCGGCGCGUUUGUGCAUGCGCGUAUUCCACCAGAGUUUGCAGGGCUAGGUGAGUUGGUUAGUGUCUUGCCGGUUGUUGCGGCAGGUAUACUACUGAGGUGGGCUAAGAUUUAG